AUGGAGGAUAACGGCAUGAGGAAGAAAGGACCUCUGUUUCUACUGCAACAGAGAUUUGGAAAGAGGUGGAGAAAAGUGUGGUGCGUCCUGUUCAGGGAGAGUCACUGCUCCGUGUCCAGACUGGAGAUCUACGACUGGAACGAACGCAGCGACAAAAGCGUCCGCAAGCCCCAGGACAAGAAGGUGAUCCGCCUGUCCUCCUGUAUUCGCGUGUCACUGGUGGACGUGGAUGGCUCUCCCAAAGACACCAGUGCUUUUCUCAUUGAGACCACAGACAAGAUCUUUGUGUUCGCCGCAGACAAGCUCCAGGUGGAGGAGUGGACGCAAGGACUCUGUGAAAUCGCCUUCCCUAUGAACUGGAGUGGUUCUGCACUGCAGAGGGGCAGCUCUCAGAGGAACACCAGGUCUGAACCAAACCUGAGCCAGGACCACAAGGCCGCGACCCAGGAUAACUCCCUGUACAGCCUCUUAGAAACAGGUACAGAGGAGGGGCAAGACUUUCGGGUGGUGGUGCGUAGAAGCGAGGCGUCUGACCGCUGCAGACUGAAGGGAGAGGCUCUUCUGAGGGCUGAAACAGAGGCCCUGCUGCUGAAGGACAAGAGCGGACAGGUGCUGUACUCCUGGCCCUACAGGUUCCUGCGGCGCUUCGGCAGAGAUAAGAGCUCAUUCACAUUCGAGGCGGGGCGGCGCUGUGAGUCCGGGCCGGGAAACUUUGAGUUUGACACCAAACUAGGAAAUGCACUGUUUGUCGCCGUGGAAACCGCCAUCAAUCGCCAGCGUGUGUCCCUCCCCCAUCGCCAGACCUCUAUGGCAUCGGACAGUCUACCACAUAUGUCCCACCCCCAAACACGCUCCUCUACUCGAUUGGACAGCCACCCACCUAUCACCCGCAGUCUGCCGCCCCGCCCUGAGGACCUUGAUCCUGUCUACAGUUUGGUGAAUGAUAAAACUCUGCAGAUCACACAUUUAGACAAAGAGAGCUCCCCGUCACAGCGCCACCCCAUGUUCCUGGAGCCCCCGGUGGACAAAACACUCACUGCCGUCAAGAGCCUGACUCUGGAGAACAGAGAUCCACCUCUGCACAAGAAGAACCAAGUGAAGAUGAUCAGUAGUUGCCCCCUCCCCGGAGACAACCCCCACUCUGCCAGAGACCAUAGCCCCUCUGAGCCAGGUCCCAAGCCCCCCACUCAGACAUACUCUCGGAUCGGAGCAGAGCGAAAGAAGAAGAAGAGCCCCAAUGGAUCGGUGGAUGUGGGUGCUGUGGAGUCGGAAUACUCGCAGCCCUUUGAUCUGCUGAUCCCGGACCUCAGGGAGCUGGGAGUGGAGUCCGAGCGCCCUCCUCUGGCCGACCCUGUGUACGACAGCAUAGACGAGUUUAAGAUCAGGAACGUGUUCCAUAGAGACAGAGGAGAACACAUCUACGACGAGCCAGAGUCCUGUCACAGCGAAGAACUAGACUUUGACAUCAAAACCGCGUCUGCUUCUGUGUAUGACGAGCCGCAGGAAAUGCGAGUGGAGGCCUGGAGGAUCAUGGGAACAGAGCAGGACCCUAAAGGACAUGAGUUCCCCUAUAACGCCCGUGUGGAUGACUAUGCGGUGCCCAAGCAUGUUCAAAGAGCGUACACCGACCCACAGACUGAAGCCGAGACCAGGGACGGACCAGAGAGGGACCAGAGUCUAGACCUGGAGAUGGAUCCAGAGCAGACCAACGAGGUGGAGACGGGUGAAAACGACUCUCCUUAUAAUAACCUCCCGGUGAAGACGGACAAUCAGAAGCAAUAG